AUGACCGAGAUCCGCAAUCCCGGGAUGUCGUCGGCCACGCUCGGCCAAUCCUCCGACAGCGGUCACUGCGCCGUCGACAUAGACCCGGUGGAGUACACUCUCCGGAAGCGGCUGCCCCGCAAACUCCCCAAGAGGCGAAACGACGUGUACGUCAAUAUGAAAACGGACUUCAGGGCUCAGCUCGCACGCUGCCAGAAGCUUUUGGACGGCGGCGGGCACCGAGAGAUCUGCGUGCACGGCUUGGGCUUGGCCAUCAACCGGGCUAUCAACAUCGCGCUGCAGCUCCAGGCCAGCAGCCAGGGGGCGCUGCAGCUGGCCGCCAACACCUCCACGGUGGAGCUGGUGGACGACCUGGAGCCCGAGGACCCCGACGAGGCCGCGGAGCCCAUGACGCGCACUCGCAACAACUCGGCUAUCCACAUCAAGGUUUUUUACCCCGAUCCCUAA